UCAAUAAGCGUUUGAAACCAAAAUAAUGUCUACGGCAGCAGAGACCUCUCCAAGAUGUCAGGUGUUAGUCCGGAGGGGCAGAUCUGUGAGCAGCACAGCGGCUCCCGGGUCUACGGUGCAUUAGCCGCUCGGUGGGAGAGGGAUCCCAGACAGCUGUGGUGGGGAGCCGGCGGAGGAGAUUUGCUAGCGGGCUCCUCCGGGGGAUACUACCCGCCACCUCCUGCACCCGAGCGCAAAAGGUGCUGUUGCUGCUGCUGCUACUGCUGGCGCAUUUCAUCCAAACUCCAGCCAGAGCGGGGGCAAGUUGCACCGGAGACAUCAGAGCCACUGUGCUUUGGAGAGGCGAGGGCGCACUGGGAGCGCAGCGGCACCAUGCCUGCUAUCAAGAAGGAGCGACUUGACAGGGAGGAGAUGGCCCUGGCUGCUUUUAACCAGCCCAUGGAGACCUUACCUGACUAUCUGGCCCCUUUAGCGGCCGCUGCCAUCCCGGUGGUGACCCCCCACCCUCCGGCUUACGACCAGAUCUUUGCCCACCACCACCGUGCCUACCUGGGCUUCCCCGAGACCCACCACCCGCACCACCCCCAUCACCACCUCCCCGAGGACCUGAUGCUGGAGCGCUUUUCCUCCAUCCCGGAUUUCCAGCCCUUCUUUGACAACGGGGAGCCGUGCAUCGAGGUGGAGUGCGGCGAGAACAAGGCGCUGCUCUACAUCAGUAAGUUAUGCCAGGGCAGCAAAGGACCCUCCAUCCGGUACCGGGGAGAGUGGCUCACCCCUAACGAGUUCCAGUUUGUCAGCGGCAGGGAGACCGCCAAGGACUGGAAACGGAGCAUCCGGCACAAAGGGAAAAGUUUGAAGACUCUUAUGUCCAAAGGAAUCUUACAGAACCGGGGUCGCCUGGCCGAGAAGAGAACGAUCCCUCUGCCUCCCACCAGGCUCCCAAAGAAAGAGCUGACCUCCAUUUUCUCACAUAGCGACGACAGCGAGGAGAGUGACAAGGCCAAUGGUCAACACCCCGAAGUGAAGCAGGAGGAGGAUCUGCAUAUCAGUAUCAUGAAAAGAAGGAUUCACACCCACUGGGAUUUAAACAUCUCCUUCCGAGAGACCUCUUGCAGCCGUGAUAACGACCUCUCCACCAUCAUCUCCAACCUGCAUCAGAGCCGCCAACUCGUUAUGCCAGAGACCCAGAGUCGCUGUGAAUUCAAGAGAAACAGCAUCGACGUCGGCUUAGGAGCAGCAGAUGAAAUUUUAGGCAGGAGAAGAGUAUGUUCUCCCAACAGCAGCAGUGAGUGUCCUUUAGAAAGCAAGAAAACCCGAAGCGAGUCCCCAAAGGAAAAUUCCCACACGCCCGUGCUCGAAGACUCAGUGACUCAGAUGACCCCAGAGGAACACUACAGACGGAUGAUGUCAGCCCUGAACGAACACAGCACCUUUGAGGAGCAGCAGCAGCAGCGCCUCUACCAGUUGGCCAACAGCAUGGCAGUCCCCAGCCACGGUGAUCUGCUCCGAGCGCGGCAAGAGGCGGCGGCGCGCAACCCCGGGGCCAUGGAGGCGCAUCUCCCCUCGGCCAGCAACUCGUCCAGCCAGCGCCGGAAACAGGGGCUGCCCCAGCACCGCGACACGCACUUCCCCGAGAGGGACAUGUCCCACCCACCACCUCUGCUGUCACCCCAGAAUGCCCCCCACAUCGCGCUAGGGCCUCACUUGAGACCUCCCUUCCUGGGGGUGCCUUCAGCUUUGUGCCAGACGCCAGGUUACGGGUUUCUGCAGCCGGCACAAGCAGAGAUGUUUGCACGGCAGCAGGAGAUGCUGCGGAAACAGAAUCUUGCCAGGCUUGAGAUGUCGGCCGAGAUCAUCCGCCAGAAGGAGCUGGAGAAUCUCCAUCGACAGAGGCUACUGGCCGGCGACCCGCUGAGCCUGCAUCCGGGCUUACCCCAGGACCACCCGGCCUUGCGGAACAUGCACGACAUCCCCGAGGGGCACCCUCUGAGGGACGAACUUUCACGGAGGAAUGCCAUGCUGGUGCUCCGGCACAACAACACGCCGCUGCUGUCACUCAACCAUGGGGUCCCCAGCACCACCCCGCCCAAGGAGCAGGGCCGGAGGGGGAGCCGGAAAUCAGUGCACCACCGGGCCGAGCCUCCGGGUCUGCACGAGGCCAAGGAGCUGGCCGAGCCCCGGGCCCGGGAUGGCGUGCCCGACUGCAACGACGAGGAGAUGAAAGACUCGGAGAGCGAUGCUGAAGUGAGCGACGAGAAGCCGGAGAGCCUGAAAGCUGAGAGCAGCAGCUCAGCCAGUGAACUCAAAGAGUGCAAAGAGACAAGCAAGGUCUAUGAGGGGGCCAAGGAGCUGAGCGAAGUGGCUUCCGGCCAGAAUGCCCCCUGCAGCUCCUCAAGCACUGAGUCACCCAGCCACCUGCUCGGCCCAGGCAUCAAUAAAAAUGAGGUGAAAUACCUCCCUCCGGCCUCCAUCCCACCACCUCAGCCGCUGCCCUUCGGAUUCCCUUAUACAAUGAGCCCCUAUUUCCACGCAGGCGCCAUGGGAGGUCUGUUCUUGGAUGGGGAGGAGAGCCCUGCGCUGGAAGACAUCAGCAAAUGGACAGUGGAGGACGUCUGUAACUUUGUGGGCAGUUUGUCUGGCUGUGCCGAGUACACUCAGGUAUUCAGGGAACAGGCUAUCGAUGGCGAGACGCUGCCUCUCCUGACUGAAGAGCACUUACUGAACAACAUGGGGCUCAAACUGGGGCCAGCUCUGAAGAUCAGGUCACAGGUGGCCAAGAGAGUUGGCAGGGUUCUCUACAUGGCCAGCUUCCCCAUGGCAUUCCCGCUGCAGCCCCCUGGCUUACGGCCUCCAGACCGAGACCUGGCAUCCGCUGAGCUCCGCCCAUCGUCCACAGGCAGCGUAUCCUCCCCCUACAGCAGCAGCCUGCUCCCCGCUAGCCGCGUCUCACCAAAGCAGGAAAAUGGAAACCCCUCGUUAAUGGCUGGAAUCAACGACACCACGAAACCUCCAUCGUAACUGCACAGCCACGCGACUCCCUCCAGUACUAAGACACGUUGUGACAAACUCAACGGAACAAGGGGACCCUCUCGGCCAGCCGGAGGGUCGAGGAAAGAGGGAAACAGGGUUGUGUGUGCGCAUUCACUUUUUUUUUUUUUUUUUAAACCCACAAUAAGAAAAGAUCGAAGAAGGGAAAAAAAAUCCAAAGAUUUAUUGAAAGCAAUUCAAGGGGGGAAAAACAGAUUGAGAGAAAUCUGGCCCUGUUCCCCCUUUCCUGCUUGCCCAAACCCGAGGGAGAACAGCGGGCAGAGAUGGGAACGCUCGUCUGUUUGCCUUCGUGGGAACGCAGCUUUGGAGAACUGCUGGGGGUGACUCUGCCCACCAAGGCAGAGAGCCCCGAACUGUGAGCAAACCAACCCCCCCACCCCGAGAACUGUACUCAGCUCCUUGUUCAGGUGUCUAUGCAUCUCUAGCAACUUUUAAAACAAUACCAAAGACAGACAAAAGGCAAGUUCCGGUCCAUGUUUACUUCAGUGCGGAUGGUACGGCAGAGGCGGCUUUGGCGCUGCCCCGAGUGCCGCGGUGCUUUCACCGCGCCCAGAGACAACAGACUAUGGCAGCGUCUCCUCAUCCCCAGCCCCUCCAGGACUUUUUCUUUUUGGGUAACUUUCUUUUAAAGAAAGCAAACAAUAGCAGAAGGGGUGUGGUGGGGAGGGGGAGGGGGACAGGGAAGGGCCCCUGGCUCCUCCUUGCACCCCCUCCCCCCAGCGUGUGUACAGCAAACUCAUUGAUAUUGUUUUUUGGUUGUGGAGGGGUUAUUUUCUUUUAAAGCCUUGUUACAGAGGUGGAUGUAGUUGCACAUUCUGGCCUGCUAAGGCCUAUGAGACAGGUACCUGUGCAUGCCCAUAGGAGGUAGGGAGGUCAGGCAAACCCACGGGUAGAGGUUUUACUACUGUGAAGAAGACGGUAACUCCUGGGGGUGACCUCCUGUGACUUGUACAGUUGUGAACAACAAUCACACAUGGUACUUCGUGCUCUCUCUCUCUCUUUUUGUUUAAACGUUGCACGGGCUACCGUUUUUCUUAUAAAAAAUAGCUUGGUGGUACAUUAGCUUCUUUAUCUUGUAAAAAACAAUUGUCAUUAUUCAUCCCAUCACAAUAAAUGCUUUCCAGCAAUCAGUUUAAAUAAAAACAUCAU